AUGCUGCUCCGAGCUACCGCGGCGUCGACGUUGGCCUCGGCGCUUCUUCACCGCGGGGGCUGCGCACCGCGGGCGGCGACGGCGGGUAUCACCGCCAGCUUUUCCAGUCGAUGCUGCCGCUCACCUCCAUCGGCUGCUCUAUCUUCGUCCUACCAGCCAACGUCUUCGCUUGCGCUGCUGCGUGCAGCGACGCUGGCGCCGCUGUGCGCGUCCACCAACGGCAGCUCUUCUGCGUGGGCAACAGCUCGCCGCUGGCAGUCCAGCGGGGGCCCAGGCUACGGCACCGUCUCCGCCGACAUCGACUCACCGCGCGGCGCCGCAAAGCCCACGGAGGAGGAGCUCCAUCGUGAGCAGCGUCGCCGCACGCACGGGCACGCGGCAACUGCCGAGGACGCGAACAAGGAAGCCGUCAGCACCCAUGUAAGCGGGUACAACCCAUGGGAGGUGCUGGGCCUGAAGCCCGGUGCGUCGACGCAGACGAUCCGCCUGCGCUACCACGAACUCAUGAAGCAGGUUCACCCUGACAUGGCGGCCGAUGGCGCCGGCGACAUCCCGCGCCUCAACCAGAUCAACAAGGCAUACGAGCUGAUUACGAAGAGUCCGACGCUGGACCGGCGCUACCGCAACCUCGUCUCCGACACGCAGUACUUCUACUACAAGUUCCUACCCGAGUGGAUGGCGCGCAACGUGGACGAGAUGCCGCGGUACUGGAGUUGGGUUAAGUGGCGUACCCCGAGCGGCUUUCACGUUUUCCUGCUGCUCUGCGGCUUUUACGUACUCGGCCGCUUCUACGCCGCCUUCCCGAUGCUGACGAGCGUUUUCUUCGUCUCCGUGGCACUGGAUGUGCUGUUACACACGAUGCUCGCCCCGGCGUCGCUGUGCAUGCUGUUCCUCUACUCAAUCAUGGCGUACCGGAGCUACGAUAUGGCGUGGCUGACCAGCCCGAAGGGCUUCCUGCGUCGUGAGUUGGGCUACUAA